AUGUAUAGUCAAGAAGCGAAGUUUACUGAAUUCCCUAUUAAUUUAUUCAAUAUAGCCAAUGAAGAAUCCAGGGAACUUUAUAUAAGUUCUAUCCAUUACAGUAAUUAUGUACUAUUGCAAAUAAGAUUUAAUGGUGAAUUGGACACAACUUAUGAAAUCUCGCAAAAAGGACUUAGAUCCGUUUCUUUUGAUAGACCUCUUGCAGGUUCAUUAAUGAUGAAUGAUGAACAACGGUCAGAUGAUGAUGAGUUUGAUUUCACUAUCGAUAACUUAUCUGACUAUCAAAUUGUUACAAAGUUAGGUAAUUCUAAUGAUAUGAAAUUACCUGUCAUUUGUACGCAGAUUGUUGAAUUGUAUAAUAAAAUCAUCUUACCGAAAUUACACCCUGACAAAAAGGAUGACAUAUCUAAAAAUAAAUUCAUAAUAACGUUGAAUAGCAGAAUAUGGGGAUCGAAUCCAAAUGCUGAUAGUUCUACUAGUUCAAAUGUUGAUUUCAACAGAUUGGUAUUCCUUCUAAAAUGUAUAAAAAGUAUUUAUUUGAGCUAA